AUGGCGGCUUUUCAAAUUUCAAGCUUGAUAUCGUCUUCUUCCUCGUUUCCUUGUCGGAGACAUAUCGUCAAAUCCACAAUCAACCAUCCAAACAAGCUAACCAUCAACGCCCUUUCCCUCCCGGACCUAAGCGCCAGAGUCUUGGUCGAAGAAUUGCAGCAAAGAAGCAGCGGUAGUAAUAAUAAUAUUUACAAGAACAUUAGAUCAAACGUCCCCUUUACACCUUCCCCCAAACAGGGCACUAAAUCUCCAACCACCAUCCCCAAGCUCUACGCCAUCAUGGAAGCCAUCGCCGACAGGAUAGAGAUGCACAGGAACAUCAAGGAACAACGAGAGAACUGGAACAGUCUUCUGUUAAAUUCUGUUAACGCCAUGACCCUAACCGCCGCAACCAUCUCCGCAAUCGCCGCCGCAGGUGGGUCCCAUGUGGUCGCUCUCAGCUCCUGCUCGAGUCUGUUAUACUUGGCAGCGACUGGAUUGUUGAUCAUCUUGAACAAGAUCCAACCCUCUCAAUUGGCAGAGGAACAGAGGAAUGCGGCGAGGCUGUUCCAGAAACUUCGACGUGAAAUCCAGACCAAACUGUCUAUCGGGAAUCCUGAGUCCAAGGACCAUAGAGAUGCUAUGGAUAAAGUUCUUGCCCUCGACAGAGCCUACCCGCUUCCCUUACUCGGGAAAAUGCUAGAAAAGUUUCCGGAGGGAGUGGAGCCAGCCAAGUGGUGGCCGGAGAAGAGAAUUAGACGGCAAGAAAGUAUGUCUCCGGCGGCAGCAAGAGGCGGCGGCAACGGAUGGGACGAAGGGCUGGAGGAGAGGAUGAAAGGGGUAGUGGGUGUGUUGAGAAGGAGAGAUAAGGAAGAUUACUUGAGACUGGGGGAGAAAGCAUUGAAGUUAAACAAGAUGUUAGGAAUAGCCGGUCCUGUUUUAACGACCGUGGCAGCUGUGGGCUCUGCUUUAAUGGGGCCGAGCCACUCCGGUUUGGCAACUGUGGUCGGAGUUGCUGCGGGAGCAAUGGCGGCGGUGAUAAACGCGGUGGAGCACGGCGGGCAAGUGGGAAUGGUGUUCGAGAUGUACAGAAGCAAUGCAGGGUUCUUCAGUUUGAUGGAGGAAUGGAUAGAGGGGAAUUUGGAGGAGAAGAGAGGGAUCAAUGGGAAGGUUAUGGAAAUGAAGGUGGCUUUGGAGUUGGGGAGGAGCUUAUCAGAGCUAAGGGAUCUUACUGAUUCCUCAUUAAUGGCAGAUCAAGAAGAAGAAUUCGGAAGCAAACUCUUUUGAGAUCUACAAAUUAAAUUUAUUCUUUUGUUCAUAUUACUUAAUUCAUUCAUUCAUUGUAUAGAAAGUGGGCUUAACAUUUGACACUACUUUACAAAAAUGUGAAAAAAAUAGGAUUCUUAUUGUUAA